UGAAGGACACACGUCCGUCCGGCUAACACGCAACCGUAGCUAGAAAGCAGCAAAAAGUGGAAGAUUUGCGCCCUUUUAAAGACAAGGCAUUUCCGCAACAGAGACUAGAUCCAUACAUGCGGACCCUUUUGUGCCGUCUGCUACUUGGGGAAGCCCUUCUCCGAUUGAAUGAUGAAUCGAUGACGUUCUGCGCCCGCAGGGACCGCGCCUACACCCGCACCGUCUGCCCGUCCUGCGGGUGCCAUCUGAUCCCUCUUCGCAAGCGGCGCAGCUUUCCGUCACGCAACAAUGGACCAGGCACGGUCGACAAUAACAAAAAUUUUUAAUGGAGAACCACAUUCAUAUACACGUUUCAACCUGACCCAAAACAUGGAAGGUGACAACAGUCACGUGGAGAUGAAGCUUUCGUCCGACAUGGAUGAAGAAGCUGGUGGGAAUGGAGUAGGAGCCCACCUCAAUCAUAACUCCAAGCGCAAAUCUUACAUGACUUCAAAAUUUGAACGCACGCCCAAGCACCUUUGCUUUAUGGUAGCUACCGUCCUCCUCAUCUUCAUCAUCGGGUACUUGAUUGGCUACUUGGUCCAUCGCCAAAGAGAUUUGGCUCCCAGCUGUGAAGCUUCCGCCGUGCACUUGUCUGAUGAGCCUGUCGAGCACGAGACGGGAGCCGCCCCCGUCAUGGCCUGGAAUGACGUCAAGAAUGCCUUUGCUCAGAAAUUGACUGUAUCCAACUUCCAAACUGCCUUCAGUGAUUUGUCCAGUGAAAGUCAUCGGGCUGGUUCCUCAAGUGAUGACGCUCUGGCAGACAAGGUGAUCAAGAAGUUUCAAGAGUACGGCCUGAAAACCUGGACCGACGAGCACUUCAUUAAAGUUCAGGAUCGCCCGCUUUCCGGUUCCAACAAAGUUAUUUUCAAGAAUGGCAGCGAAGAGCGUCCGGAAGGGUUUCUGUCCUACAGUGCCAAUGGAAAUGUAAAGGGAGCUGUCCUGUACGCCUACUAUGGACAGGAAAGAGACUUCAGAAUGCUGCGAGACAGAAACAUCAACAUGAGCGGCAGAGUUAUGUUGAUCCGAGCUGGAAAGAUCAGCUUUGCUGAAAAGGUGGCCAAUGCUGCCAAAAUGAAGGCCUCUGUUGUGCUGAUCUACCAGGAUCCCACGGAUUAUCCUUCUGAAGGCACCACUCAGCUCUUUGGACAUGUCCAUUUGGGUUCAGGCGAUCCCUACACCCCUGGCUUCCCCUCGUUCAAUCACACCCAGUUUCCACCUGCCGAGUCUUCAGGUCUACCAAAUAUCUUGGCUCAAACCAUCACCGCAAGCACGGCCACCAGCAUUAUCGCGCAACUGGGGGGUCAGAACGCACCAGAAGAGUGGGGAGUUUUCAACAAACUCGGGAGUGAGAAUGACGUCGUUACUGUGGAGGUGGAGAACGUUCUCACCGAGAAGAAGAUCAACAACGUCUUCGGUGUCAUCGAAGGCUUUGUGGAUGCAGAUCGAUAUUUGGUUAUCGGUGCCCAGAGGGAUGCGUGGGGUCCGGGUUUUGCCGCAUCGACCGUUGGCACCGGCGUUCUGCUGGAAAUGGCUCGUUCGAUCUCAGACAUGCAAAGGAAGGACGGAUUCAAGCCAAGGAGGAGCAUUGUGUUUGCUAGUUGGAGCGCUGGAGAAUAUGGAAGCGUUGGCGCCACCGAGUGGCUGGAGGGUUAUCUUUCUUCCCUGAGCACGAAAGCCUUCUCUUACAUCAACCUUGAUGGCAUUGUAGCAGGUCAUAAUGGUUUUAAAGUAGCAGCGAGUCCUAUGAUGUACGGCUUGAUUGAACGCACGCUCAAAGAGGUGGGCGUCCAGAAUAGGGCGGAGUCCCUCUUUUCCGAAUUUGGAAAGGGCAACUGGGAAGCUAACGUGUUGGAGCCUCUGAAGCUGGAUAAUGCUGCUUAUCCUUUCAUGGCCUUUUCUGGCAUUCCGUCCCUGUCGUUUCGAUUCACCUCUGGCAAUAUAGAUUAUCCAUAUUUUGGCACAUUGCUGGACACACAGGAGAAGCUGAUCGCCGUCACGUCCAACCAGCAUCUGCAGCUGGCCGAGGCGGCCGCCAAGUUCGCAGGUCACGUCGCGCUGAGGCUGGUCCACGACCACCUGCUGCAGAUGGACCUGAUAAAGUACGACAAGAUCAUUCGUACUCAUGUGGCGCAGAUCAACAGGAAAGUCAAUACCAUACAGAGGAUGCAGCCCAAUCUGGUCCCCAUGUCGGUGCAGUGGUUGAUCUCGGCCUCCGGCUCCUACAGUCGAGCCUCUCGGAACCUGAUGAAAGACAUCCAAAACAGCGACUUGAAUGACAUCGAGAUGUGCCGCAUCUACAACGACCGCAUCAUGUCGGUGGAGAGGAACUUGCUGUCGGCGUACGUGUCCGCUCGAGAGAGUCCUUUCCGCCACGUCCUGCUCGGCUCCGGUCCGCACACGCUCAAAGGUCUGUCCGACCACCUGGACGCCCUCAGGACAGAAAGCCCGGAAGCUGACGUCGACCGGUUCCGCAACCAGUUUGCCUUGGCGACCUGGACAAUUCAGGGCUGUGCCAACGCAUUAGUAGGGGACAUGUGGUCCUUUGAUAAUGAAAUCUAAAAUAUUUCCACCCUGUGGGUCUUCCCUCACUCACAGUUUGGGACAACAACACCGGUCCUCAUUUAGAUGAUGAUCAUCAUCAUCAUCAUCCUAAUAAUAAUAUAGUAAUAACCUCUGAUAGGUAAAAACCGCCUCAUCUCCCUUAGCCUUUCAUUUCAUAGCACUCGCUCUUCAUACUCACGCAGUACAUUUUCACAGUCAUUUCUCAUGUUUUGUUCUGUUGAAAGAACGUUUCAAAUGUGUGGUGCUUAAUUGAAUACAUUUGCUGACUUUGGUGCUACUGUAACCGCCUACAAACGCGAAUAUGACUUGGUGGCAUGACCGAAAGAUGAAAAAUCCAACGUGAGUCACAACACCAGGACUCUCGCAAAACAAAUACGGGCGUUCUGCUUCGAUCUGCAGGAGUAAUGGUUUUGCAUUUGUAUGAAUAGCCCAACUCCAACCCGCUCACAGUCCGUUCCGACCUAUCCGUAACUAUAUUUACGUGAUCGCUUACUGUGCAGAAAUAUCCUCAUUCGUAAUUAAGAGGCACAAAAGAUCACAACUCGGGUAUUAUGAAUGGCGUCUUUGGAUAUAUUUGCCACGGAUCACUAACCGUAACCCUUGAGAACAUGAAACAAAUUCACGAAAUCAGAAAAAGAUAACAAACACGGACGGGGAGAGGCUAUUUUACCAGGUGCCACUGAAAUUCACGUCUAUUUAUUGUGUUAUUUAUCAGUGACAGGGUUCACUAUAAAUAGUGUUUGAAUUGCCUUUUAUAGAAAAUGUAUAAUUAUCGGGAGCAGUGCCUCCCAUAAUUAUGACAGUUAUACUGUCGAAAUAAAAGAAAAAAGCAGCAUCUGCUAACCAAAAAGCAAAAGUGUACAUGCGGCAGCAUCCACCGCUGAGCGCGUCGGCAGCGGAUGGAAGCUGCUCGUCCAACCUGCCGCUCGCAUGUGCACUUCUCGUCCUGCCACCAUUACGGAAGCAGCGUAAUGCGCAAACCAAGAAGGUAGUUUUUGCCUACCUGUGUGUGUCUGUAUCGGAGGCAGUGCCCUCCAUAUUUCACUGUAGGGGUGGAUGUUGAUAUUAGCGGGGGCAGCGUUCCUCAUCAUUUUUUGUAUAUCUUAAGUACACGACAUCAACAGCACAAUCAGAUCUUUUGUCUCCUUGUCCAUGUACUUUCUUCCCAAAUCAAAUGCGCCUGCAGUUUCUGUUCAGUUUUCCUCAAAUGUUUUCAGCAAUCUUCUUUUUUUUUUUGUAUGAAGGUCUGCAUGGUUUAAUUGCGCUCUGUUUUUCUUAUGGCAACAUUUUUCCUUAUUUCGAAUCAAACAUUGACAGUAUGUUGAUUUCUCGUAGAUAUGUAUACAGCAGUGACGUGUGUUUUUCUUCUUCUCCGUUUUCAAGGUUGUAGGAUGUUGGUUUUAUUCCAUGUUUUUGUUUUAUUGAUUUGUGUACACGUGUGUUUGGAUGGGGCUUCAUGCCUGUUCUGCCGGAAUCAAAGUUACUGACGCAAAAUGUCACGACACACUUUUACAGUUGUGGUGUUCCGCACAAGAGAAGAAGUGAAAUGAUCCAGAUUCAUAUACACAGAAAUUGAAGUAGAGCCAAAUUGUGUCAUUGUUUUUGGUCUCUAACCUUAAAAUGAAGUGAUCCCUUUAAAAAAAAAUAAAAAAUAAAAAAGAAUGUUUUGGAAAUCUUUUUUCAAGUAACAUACAGUAUCUUCCAAAUGUAUGCAAGUUUCUGUUUUAUUUGACAUUUCUGUCCUGCAAUAAAUGAUUACA